GACCCAAAAAACAUAAAUUUUGCAUAAAAUUGCAUAUUUUCGGACUUAAACGCAAAAAAACAAAUUUGGGGGCUUAAGGUCCACAAAAAAGGGGGAAGCGUACACCGGAUUCACCUGGACACUCCAAAUUCGUGUUCAGCGUAUCAAAAAACCCCCCGAGUACCAAAAUUCAGCUUGUUAUCAAACUUUUCCCUAUCGUCGUAAUUAAAACAGUGAAAAAAAAUUUGAUCGCAAAUCUUGGAGUCAAAACUCACAUUUGCCAUUCUUUGUCUGGAUAUUAAAGCAGAAGGGAGCUAGGUGAAAAUCAGCCAACACACGGAAUCGUGUGCUAGUAGCGCUAUCUAAUGAUUCAUUUUGGUAUUAUAAGUUUUUUCAACUGGCAACACUACUAACUCAGUUUUUUGCGUUUUUCUCAAAAUCGUUUAUGGUGGCAAAUGUGAGUUUUGAUUCUCAGCUCCUCAUAUAUUUAUAUGUUUAUAUAUAUAAAAACUGACACACCGGGAAUCGUCUAGUUUGAGCUCAAAACGUCGAGAACUAUCAAAAUUUUUCAUCCCCGACCUUUUUAUCCAAAGUUGGGCCUACCGCAAUAGCCAUCAUUUUUUACAAAAAUUUGGCUAAAAAUAUUUUCCUAUUCUGCCCGUUGAAAUAGGAACUUGACAGAGGUGCGCCGCGCUAGUGUCGCCUUGUGUAUGAUUGGCUGAUGAAAGGUCCCAGUAUAAACAUUGGAAUUAAUGUUGUGAAAAUUGAAGGAAAAUUGUUGAAAAUUGCUGAUAACAACGGGACCUUUCGUUAGUUCCGGUGUUUUUGACUACCAUUUCCUAGAGCGCGACAGUUGUCUUGUCAAAUCCCUGUACCUCUUUCGCUAGUAAAUUUCAAUAAAAACCGACGACGUGCCUCCCCCUUCCACCGUCCAUCGAAUACGUCAAUGGUUCUCGACGACCUUAUUUAAAUGGACCGACAUUACACAUACUGAAAACCAAGCGAUAAAAUAUUUAGAUAAAGUUUCGCCAAUGGUGAAAACUAGAUAAAACGAAAAAACAAAAUUGAAUAUUCUUUGGGAUUCUUAUAUUCACGACAGUAGUCUAACCAAAGUGAAGAAAACAGAAAUGUGCAUCAUUAGAAGCAGAACUCUUUUACGAAGGAAGUUUCUUACUAAAAGACCUGUCAUUAUAUUACUUUUAAGUAUUUGUUUCUCAGUUUUAUUAACGCUCGAAAUAUUUUCGCAAUGGAAGUUGCUGAAAACGAAUGUGACUUUGUUCUCUAGGGGACCAGCAGUGAACGAGACAUUAGCUUAUCAAUGCUGCACCCCGACGAAUAAGUCGAUCCGGACGAAUAUAUUCUUUCUGAAAACUCACAAAACUGGAGGCACAACCGUGCAAAGUGUCCUCAUGCGAUUCGCCAUUAUGAACUCGCUAGAUAUACUUAAAGUAAAUUAUGCUUCUUACUAUUUGCCAUUUUCCGACUCGUCAAUACCUUCCCAACUGAUGACACCCAACAAUAAAUACAACGUGUUCGCGGACCAUGCGCGGUAUGACCCGAAAAUUAAACAAUAUCAAUACCCUGAUACAUCGAUGGUGACGUUACUACGACACCCAAUAAAAUUAUUCCAAUCAUUAUACGUUUUUUACCAAAUGGACAAGACUAUGGGUAUGACUUUUCAACAAUUCUUGAACGCGCCAGUCAAGCCUCCGGUUCUGACUGGUUACAACAGCGAUAUAGUGUACAGGGGAUACAAUCAGAUGAGCGUGGAUUUAGGAUUUGAUUGGACACAGAGCGAGAAUACGACCGCCGUCGCUGAAUUUAUAGCGAAAAUCGAUCGAGAAUUCGAUUUCGUCAUGAUAACCGAGUACAUGGACGAAUCGUUCGUUUUAUUGGCCAAUUUAAUGGGAUGGCCACUGGAGUAUGUCGCUUCUUUGAAACUGAACGCCAGGCUCCCAGAAUUAGACCCGUAUAUUCUGACAUCGCGGGAUGAAUUAACCAUACUCGAUCUCAAUCAAAUCGAUACUCAAUUGUACAACCAUUUUCUGGCAAAAUUUCUUAAAUGCAAGCGACAAUAUGGCGAAGAUAAUCUGAGCCGACAAGUUCAACAGUUGCGAAUCAUCAAUGAAAAUUUCAAACAGAGAUGUGUAGCUGAAGAAGUUACAGGUUCUAACAUAGGAAAUGUUGAAAGACUCGAGUAUGUGCCUAGAAAUCAAUCAGACAUGGAAUGUUUUUCUUCGAUGCAGCUGUUAAUAGGGAAAACUAUUCGUAAGAUACAAGCCGAAAAACUACAACACAAUUUUAUCAACUUCAUUUUCGGUAAUAAAACAAAUUUUUCUUCGAAAAACUGACCAAAAUAACUGCUUCGUCAACUUUUGAAAACUGUAAUGUUUUUUUUUUUUUUUUUUUAUUUACAAAUUUUCAAAUUCAUGAUCUUGUAUAGAAACAUUGAUGUGGACUAGGUUGAUCAAUAAAUUUUAUUGUUUCUCAAUUUUUUUGAAAACUGCUAUUUCUACAAUAUGGAUACUCACUUCCUAAAAAUAUGAAUAGGGUCAUUCCAUGUCAACUCAACCAAAAAAAUUCGAUUUUGAAAGUCAUGUCUUUCGAUUUCGCUAAAAAAAAAGAAAUAUAUCUCGCGAUA